AUGACCUCACUGCACCUCGGCGGACCUGCAGGUCUGCGCACCUACAUCGUCACCACCUACAAGGAGUUCUGGAAGCGCUACACGCAAGCGGAGCCGGCCCUGCGCAACUACUACGAAAUGAUACGCGAGGGCGUGUGCUGCAAUCUCUAUUUUGACAUCGAGUUCCUGAAGGCCGAGAACCCGCACAUUAUGGUAGGUGGCCACGAGGAGGCCUUGAUGAAGGCCUUCACCAGGCUCGUCGGGCGCGAGGCCCAGCUCUUCUUCGCGCUGCCCUUCCGCGUGCGGCGCCGGCACUUUGUAGAUCUGGACAGCUCCGACGCGCGCAAGUUCUCGCGUCACCUCAUCCUGCGCAUGCCCGACAACUACGUCUUCGCCAACAACCACCACUGCGGCCACUUCGUCAAGAUGCUCCACCACAAGCUCUCGCUCCUCCGCCAGCUCCACGCCCGCGAACGCGAGCAAGCCGCCGCCGCGGUUGGUGGCGAGGGCGAGGGCGAGGGCAACGAGGAGCACGAGCCGCUGCCGUCGCAGGACAAGAUGGCUGGGAUUAGCAGCGAGAUGCUCGACCGCUUCUUCGUGAUGAACGACAAGGGCAAGGAGGUGUUCAUCGUGGACAUGGGCGUGUACACGCGCAACCGCAACUUUCGGCUCAUCUACUCGACCAAGGUGGGCAAGCAGCUCUUCCUCCGGCCCAGCGCCAUCAACCGCUACGCCCCGCCGCCCCAGCAGAACCGGCGUUCCGACGAAGAAGUGGAGGAAGAGGAGGAGAUGUCGUACGCGUGGUUCCUGAGUUCACUGGUCACGCGCGUUGGGGAGGACAAGGAGACAGACAUGAUGAAGGUCUACCUCUUGUCAUGCGAGCCCGUACCUUCCGAGGACGGAAGAGAAACGCUGUUCUACUCGCACUACCUGACGCCCCUCACGCUGCUGCCGAGCCUCGUCACGGGCCUGUUCGCUUCGCCCGUCGGCGCCGCGUCUUCUUCUCACCACUCGACCUCCGCCUCUUCGCACUCCUCCUCGGUACCAGCGCUCACCUUCUCGCCUCCGCCCCUGACCGGGGCGUCAGUGGGCCGCUACUCGCUUCUGCCCGCGCCUGCCGUCUUCAUGCCCCGAGUGACGCCCGAGUGCUCGCCCAACCCUGCUGGUGCCGCUACCACCACCACUCCGACCGCCCUCUACUCCCCUCUUUUCACCUCUCCCUACCAGCCCGCCCUCCCCUACUACGCCCUUCCCUCUUCCACAUCAUCUUCGUCAUCUUCAUAUUCGUCGAACUACUUGCCAUCCGCAUAUUCAUCAUCGUCUUCAUCGUCGUUCGGCUCGGGCUUCCCAGCGAUUGACGAGUUCAUCGCGGGGCACGUGGGGGGCGAGCGGCCCGGUCGGCGAGGUGGGUUCCGCUCUGUGCGCCGAUGGAACGCCCUCAUCGUGUACAGCAUCACCCACAACCGCUACUGCGAGAACAUCGGCCGAGAACACAAGAGCAAUCAUAUAAUGAUUGUGGUGGACUUGCGAAGCGCUACGUUCUACCAAAAGUGCUACGACCCGGACUGCCAGGCGAUUGACUACCGGUCGCCCGAGUACGCGCUCCCGCCCGACAUUUGCCCUACCACCACCGUCUUCUCCAGCUCCGUUCCGCCCACCGCAACAACCCAUGAGCAACCGGCCAACACCAUCAUCAACAACAACAGCGAUGGUGAGCAUCAGCGGCACAACCAUCACGAGGACCAAGACAAUGACGACGAUCGCUUCUUGUCGGACGAGACCCUGUACCAGUCCAUCAUGGACAACCCCUCCCUGUGGCCUUAA